AUGAAAGCAUCAAAUAAUAACAACAUGCAUUAGAUGUUGUAAUUCAUCUAAGUUAAUGAGACUUACAAUAAUGAAAUUGUAAUUGUAAGGUUCAUGGUCAAUAAGCAUGAGGUUUUGCCAAAAAUAGAGUUCCAAUUGAGUAAUGAUAAUUCUGAACAAUAUUCAUAGGCCCUCUAUGAUCAUUUAUAUAAUUUGAAACCAAAUGAAUGUAGCUUCUUAUACUUUGUAAGCUAUCGAAUAUCUAUUAAAAUACAUUAGGAUGAGCCUUUAAGUUUCAUCUAGAAAUAGAGAUUUAAUCUGAUCACUUCGUUAAGCUCAAAUGUUAUUCUAAAAUUAUUAAACAUUAAUUAUAUACCCAUAAUAAGAACAAAUUAUUCCUAGUACUAAUUUGAAGAGGUAGAAUGUUAAUUAAUCAACUUAGUCUAUUCAAUAAGGAAGUCAUUCAGUAAUUGAAAAAUUGAAUCUCUAAUGGUAAGCAUAAUGUAAAACAAAAUCUAAGAUAUCUAAAGAAUUACUUUCGAUAAUAAAUGAAUUCAAAUCUAUUUAUCGUAUAGAAAUACUCUUGAGAUCCACUUUAAAAUAAUUAAAGAAGGAAACCUAUUAAGAAUAUGAUGUUCUUUAUGUACCAACAGACGAGUUAAUAAAGUUAAAAACUAACAUAGAAUCUUCAAUAACGGACUGCUUUCGAUAUUUAGAAUAAAUGAAUAAUUGUAAUUAGGUUAAAUGA